GGAGGACCUUGCGGGUGGAGAAAAUGGUUCAUGCCCCUCCCCAUCCCUUUUGCUGGCUGGCUAUUGUGCGCCUGUGAUUGACAAGACCACGAGGCUGAGCGCGCCCGGGAGAUUUUCCUAUAAAUGGCUUAAAACCUUAGUCUAGACUAUUUACUGGGAUAUAAGGGGGACAAUUGCCUUGUUGUUCUUUGCUGGUGAACCCUGGCUGUGGAGGGCUGACCUGGAAUCUCACCAGUCUUCCCGAAGCCAGCGGAGAAGGACAAAAACAGCCGCCGGCUGGCGGGGUGGGACGCGAAGGGCGGCGCUGCCAGGACGCCCUUGUUGGAGGCUCGUGCCUGGGGUGUUUAGUUGACUGAUCCUCCUUUCUCUAUUUGCUUGGGUCCCGGAGCAGAGCACACGGUGUGAUGGACUGCAGUAACGGAUGCUCCGCAGAAUGUACCAGAGAAGGAGGAUCCAAAGAGGUGGUGGAGACUUUUAGGGCUAAAGAUCUAAUAAUCACACCAGCUACCAUUUUAAAGGAAAAACCAGACCCAAAUAAUCUGGUUUUUGGAACUGUGUUCACGGAUCAUAUGCUGGCAGUGGAGUGGUCUUCAGAGUCUGGAUGGGAGAAACCUCAUAUCAAGCCUCUUCAAAACCUGUCGUUGCAUCCUGGCUCAUCGGCUUUGCACUAUGCUGUGGAAUUGUUUGAAGGAUUGAAGGCAUUUCGAGGCACGGAUAAUAAAAUUCGACUCUUUCGGCCAGACCUCAACAUGGAUAGAAUGCAUAGAUCUGCUGUGAGGGCAACUUUGCCGGUAUUUGACAAGGAGGAGCUUUUAGAGUGUAUUCUACAGCUUGUGAAAUUGGAUCAAGAAUGGGUCCCAUAUUCAACAUCUGCUAGCCUAUAUAUUCGCCCAACAUUCAUAGGAACUGAGCCUUCUCUUGGAGUCAAGAAGCCUACCAAAGCCCUGCUGUUUGUUAUCUUGAGCCCAGUGGGACCUUAUUUUUCAAGUGGAACCUUUAAUCCAGUAUCCCUGUGGGCUAAUCCGAAGUAUGUAAGAGCCUGGGCAGGUGGAACUGGGGACUGCAAGAUGGGAGGGAAUUAUGGCUCGUCUCUUUUUGCCCAAUGUGAAGCAGUGGCCGAUGGGUGUCAGCAGGUUCUAUGGCUCUACGGAGAGGAUAAUCAGAUAACUGAAGUUGGAACUAUGAAUCUUUUUCUUUAUUGGAUAAAUGAAGACGGAGAGGAAGAACUGGCAACUCCUCCGCUAGAUGGCAUCAUUCUUCCAGGAGUGACACGGCAGUGCAUUCUGGACCUGGCACACAAGUGGGGUGAAUUUAAGGUAUCAGAGAGAUACCUCACCAUGCAUGAUUUGACAACUGCUGUGAAGGGAAACAGAGUGAGGGAGAUGUUUGGCUCUGGCACAGCCUGCGUUGUCUGCCCAGUGUCUGAUAUACUGUACAAGGGCGAGCCAAUACACAUUCCAACUAUGGAGAAUGGUCCAAAGCUUGCAAGUCGUAUCUUGGGCAAAUUGACUGAUAUCCAGUAUGGAAGAGAAGAAAGCGACUGGACAAUCGUAGUAUCCUGAAUGAACAACACAGAUACCACCUGUAUGCUAUUAGGACAGACUGCUGCACUUGAACUGUGAUAGAUUUUUUUGGCUAUGUUAGUUGCUGUGCAUAAUGUAGUGUGUAUUAUUAGUGUGUUACAAGGAUGGUUGUUUCUUCAUGCCAGAGAAAAUGAAUUGCAAUCAUCAAAUGGUGUUGGGUAAACCUGGUAGUAGUAGCUUACUUACCUUUCCUAGAAAAAAUAUUAAUGUAAGCCAUAUAGCACAGACUUGUCCUCAGUGAUUUUAGUGCCUCCUUAAGUGCUUCACUCAGAUCCUAAAAUGUUUGUUUAUACUUUAGUAUAAGUUAUGUUCUGCUUCUCAACCAAAUAUAUAUUUUUUGUGUGUACGUAUUUAAAAGCUAAUUUGAGUCAAUUUCAUAGAUAACAUUUCUUGUGACAUACAUCUUCAGAAAGUAUUUUGUUUUUUUAAAAUCAUGACUUGGAAAACUGGAUUUCCUCCACUCCUAGUCUUUUGUAGGCUCCCUAAGUCCAUCUUAAGGUAAACAUUUCUCUUCCUCCUGAUGUCACAGACGGCUUUGAGCUCACCUUUUACAUUACCGAGACCCGAGCACACUACCACCAUUGCCCUUGCCAUGUUAUAUCCUUAUCAACUGUUUGUCAGGCUACUACAAGACUGAGAGUCUUGUGCUUUAUAGAUCUUUGUAUCCCCAAUGCCCGGCACAUAGUAGGUACUCAGUAAACAUUUUGUAUGAAGAAUGAAUUAACAUUUAGCUUCUAUAGAAGUGUACCUUCUUUGUUUCUAUAUUAUGAAACCUCUUUAUUAGAAUUUGUGAUUGAUUCUGACACUGUGUAUAUUUACCUCAUAUUAUCUUUGUUUCACAUGGGCUACUAAGUCACUAGAAAUACUCUGAGGCAUAGUUAGUUGGAGGAAUCACUUCAUAUUUGAAGACUCUCUUGGAAUUGAAGGCAUAGCUUGAGAGAGAGAGAGAGAGGUCAUGGUAUCAUACCAAGCACAUGGAAAUGACAAAUGUUAUAUGUUAAAUUUUAAACACAAAAUGAAUAUUUUUUUUUUGUAGAAGCAGAGAGGUAUACACUGAUUUUUAUACUCUGUCUUUUGCAGGUGCUCUUUUUUGUUGAGUGGAGAUGGGAUAAGUACAAGAUAGGGGCACAGGGAGAGCAAUUGUAGAUGAUAUUUUCCUUGUUUAGGAGCUGUGAGUUAAAAUUGUCUCCUUAGUUAUCUGGGAGAAAGUCAAAACUUGAUAGAAAACAUUUAUCCUUGGAAGGUCAACUCUCAGACAUUGUAUUUUGGACUCCCGCAGUCCUAAUCAUUUUCUUUUCACUGAUCAUAUUUUAUUCUCUUUUUAGAGAAAAGAAAAAACACAUUCUAAAAGUUUGAUGCAUUGGAUAAAUUUCCUUAAGGCAUUUAGCAACGCAUAGCAUUCUUUUCCAAAACUUUUAGUCAUAGGGUCUUUUAUAGACAGGAAUGGUAAAAUGAAAAUUAGAGAAGUGUAGGAGGAAAAGAAAUGCUAAAAAUAUCUUUUAGGGAGAGGGCUUUUACUUGGUGUUCUGAAAUCUUGGGAGAGUCUGUUCUUGUAAGGCCUUAAAUGCUGUUGACUGUGUCCUGCACAAGUUCCCCAAGUAGCAUUUUUUCUCUUGGUAUGCUUUUGCUUUGGCUAACUCUUUUGACCUCACUCUGAAUAUAAUGUCUAGAAAAGACUAGCAGGUAAUUUUAACUGUCAAGUAACACAUGAUAACUAGAUUUCGAUUCCUCUGAAAAAUGAAAAUUAUUUACUUGUCAUAAAUUUUAGACUUUGCAUCUCUGAAUUUAGUAUGACAAGACAUACCCAUUAUGAAAGUUAGAGAACAUUAUUUUUGUGUGAUUUCUUUUAUAAAACCUUAAGAGUACUUUAAGCCCCUUCUGCCAGACCCAGUGAAAACUAAGGAUAUAUGUUUUUAAAAAGUGGAGGUCUCCUAAUACAGAGAACACAAUCUGUCAUUGUUAUUUAAGUAAUAAGACAGGAAAUUGACCUUGACACUAACUUGUUAAAUAGAUUUAAAAGGAACAUCUGCACAUCUUUUUUCCUUGUGCACUAUUUGUUUAAUUGCAGUGGAUUAAUACAGCAGGAGAGCCACAUUAUAACUAGGCAAUUAUCUAUUCUUCAAGACUUAGUUAUCGUCACACUAAUUGAUCAUUUAAGGCAUAAGAUAGUCUAGCAUUAGGAACAUGUGAAGCUAAUCUGCUCAAAAAGAUCAACAAAUUAAUAUUGUUGCUGAUAUUUGCAUAAUUGGCUGCAUUUAUUUAAUGUUUAAUUGGGUUGAUCAAAUGAGAUUCAACAAUUCACAUGUGCAUGAAUAUAAACAGAACUGAUGGCACUUAAAAUGAUAAUGAUUAACUUACUUUGCAUGUUCUCUUCCCUUUACUUUUUUUUAGUUUUUCCAUUUCAGAGCAAGUUUGUUAGUUUUUUCCAAAACACAUCAGUAGAAACCAAGAUUUUAAAAUGAAGUGUUAGGACUUAGAUAAAACCUAAGCAUUCCCUAAGGAGAUUUGCUGUUAGAAAUUUUCUUUGUUGUAGUCACUUAUUAAGGAUUCAACUCAAGAUACACCACAAGAAGUGUUGACUUCAGGGAUGUGUACCAUGCUGUCUAGUACAGGAGUGAAUAAAUGUAUAACACCUGCUUUAGCCUUUGCUUUCAAAAGCACAAAGGAAAAGUAAAAGAGAAAAAGAAGUGAUUGAGAAGCCUUGUUAGGGAAUCAUCUUUUUUCUACCUGGCUUUUUAUUACCAGGUUUUUAUUAAAACUGGUAAACAUCUUUUCUCAAAAGAUUACAGUAAAGAAGGAAAAAAAAGAUGAGAGGCAGGCAGCAGCAAGAAAACACAGUGAAACAUCAGCUGUUUGGUGAGAUGCGAUCCACUCUCCUGAAGAUGAGGAAAGCCUAUGUUAUACUCCCUGGGUUAAAAUUCUCCACCAUAUCAAUUUUGUUGCCUGAUAAAUUAAGUAGUCUUGCUAGCCUCAAAUCCAAGCACUCUUGGGUACUUGAGGACGAUUAAUGAGUAUAUAUCUUGGUCAAAAGAAUGGUAGGCGCUUUUGAUUAAAGCUGCAGUUUCAGUUCUGCUUUAGGGGAAUUGUGCUAUGAAAGCAGCUGCCAAAAUAAGCUUAUUUAUUUUACCCAGCUUCACUCAGUGCUCAAUCACUGUAUUCUGUUCUCUUUUUUCAAGCUGUAUGUUUGAUUUACCCUUAUGAUUGGGGAAAAAUGUAUUUUCGGCAAAAAACAAUAUUUGUUCACUUUCAAUGAGUGAUAUUUUCUAACAUUUAGAGCAAUAGAUAUUCACCGGAUGCAUUAAGGCAAAGGACUUCAAGGUUAGAGAAAACCCCUUAUUUUAUGUCCUAAUUCUAAAUACUAUCAAAAUACUUUCCCUUGUAAUGUGGAUUUCUUCUUAUGUGGAUAUGCAAAAACUUAAGUUAUAAAUGGUAAUGCUAGCAAGUAAUUUUAGUGGACAUUUUAUAACAACUGCCACUUUGUUUUGCCACAAGUAGAAUUUGGUCAGCUAUAUAUUUUCCAGAUAUCUCUCCCAAGAAGAAGGCGAAGGGUACCAGCUUUUCAGUAAGCAUCACCUAUUGAUUGACAAUGUUCAUGAUGCACAUUUGUGGUUGAGCACCCACAAAUGUGCAUCUACCCCAUCCAGAAAUAGGGAUUAGGAAGUUACUUUUAGAAAAUAAAUGGUGUAUAGACAUUGCCCUCAUGGAGUUUAUAGUCUAUUACUUGAACUGAUUUUGGCUAUAAAAGCAGUGCUUAAUAAUUCAAUCACAAGUAGGAGAAGGCCAUAGCACAUCUCUUAUCAAGAAACCACCAUGGCCAGGUAUGGUGGCUCUUGCCUAUAAAACCAACACUUUGGGAGGCUGAGGCAGGAG